AUGGUCUCCACUACUCGCCACAUGGAGAUUUCAUGUGCCAGAUUUUGGUCAAUAGUUGUCAACUGUGUACUAGGCCACUUCAAAGUCCUAUUCGUGAUAGAUUCAAUUAUGGAAGCAAUUCCGACACUCCAAACUUCCACGUUUGUGAUAUCAGAUCCCAGGAAUUUCACUUUUAUUAGUUCAAUUCCGGAAGUAAUGUUGGUUAGGGUUCCUUCUGAUAAUUCUAUUGACGAUUCUGAAUCAAGAACAUUUACAAAAGAUCAAGAGGAGGGUAUAAUCCGAACUAAAGAAAAGAAUAUUGCAACAACUUCCAAACCAAAUCCAAAAGAACCACAUCAAAAGGUAUCAUCUCCACCAUCCUCAUAUGUUCCUACUGUAGAUAUAUCUCAACCUGUUAACCAAGAUCCCAUUCCGAUCCUUACUACUACACCCCCAUCCCUACCAGUUACUCCACCAACAUUACCUAUCACUUCAACAAUUUUGAUUUCUUCCAUCUCACCUCUACCACUAAUGCUUUCUAUUGGAAUUUCUCUUCCACAAAUCUCAAUCACUCUCUCAUCAUCAAUCUUUACUGAUUCCACAACUCCAACCACAUCAUAUGUUUAUACUCCACUAGAAGAUCUAAUUGUCAAGUCCUUUCCGGAGGCGAAUAGAGUUUUAGACAUUCGUGUCAACGCAUCUGAUGUGGGGGAAAAUGCCAAUGUCUGUGUGACUUCUUAUCAGGGCGCCGUCACUUCUCGAAGAGCUAAUUGGCAUAAUUUAGAAGUUGAGGGUUAA